GGAGGGUCUCCUCUCGAGCUCCCUAUCUGACCUGCUCAGUUUUCAUUUGUCUACUGAAUACAUAUCUGUGCUUAACUAUGUGGAGAUUACAACUACAAAAAACUGAGGAUGGUCAUUUCUUAAUAGACCCUGUCCAGCUGCAGCUUCUACACAACCAGGUGCUUAUGGAGCAGCAGCAGACUGACACUGAGCCAACCGGAGCCACCCAGAGUCAACCGGAGGCAUCUGCCUGGCCAGCCCGGAAGCAACCCGAGCCCCAGCACCAGCAAAGCCUACCCCGUUCAUCGACCCCCAUGCCCCUGCAGUCCACCCACCCCGCACCCAUACUGACCAUGGCCCCAACACCCUUACUCAACUUCACCCCUGUGACAACACUGAACACUACCCCUGCAACCCAGCUAAACACUAGUGCCCCUGCACCCCUGCUUAACAUUGCCUCUGCACCACUACUGAACCCAUACGCAACCCAAUCUUAUUUUCUUUCUUCUUCUUCACCCCUGCUAAACACAAGUCCUGUUCCACCAAUAAACACUACCUCUGCACUACUACUGAACACAGCCCCUCCUGCACCCAUUAUGGGUACCCUGCCAUCCUCUCCUCAACUGAAGACAGCUUCAUCUUGUAUGAGCUCCCCUCCAUCUGCCCCUCUGCUGAGUACUGUUCCUGCACCCCACCUGCAUACCAACCCUGCAUCCCCACCCUAUAUGACCCUGCAAAACACCACCCAUUCUUCCCAGCUGAACUUAGCCCCAUUAUCCCCGCCUAAAUCUAUUCACGUACCCCAGUUUAACACACCUCUCAUACCUCAUCUGAAUACAGCCCCCACAGCAUCUCUCAGCUCCAUCCCUGCAGCUUUCAACAGGGCCCCUACAACCAUGCAGAACACCUCCCCCUCCCCCCUUCUCAGAACAACUCAUGCCUCCCUCCUCAACCUGGCUCCCAUUUCGCAGAGCUUCAACUAUGCUAGGCCAAAAGAGUUUAUCAUUGCCCAGACUCCCCUCUCUCCAGUCAGGAGUCCCUCCCCUACAGAGUCCCCAGUUCCGUUGCUCCACGAGCUGGCUGCCGAACUCAACUCCUCCAACCCCAACCUGUUCUCUCCACAACCCAGAGUCUUCCCCACCAGAGUCCUCAAGUCACCCACUAGCCCCCCUUCCUUCAUGUCCUCCCCCACCUCCCCCACCCUUUUGCCUGCUGCCUACCUCAACUCUGUGUUCACCCUGCCACAGCAGUCACCCCCACAGGCAGCGUCCCCGACCUCCAGCACCUCCACCCCCAGCCCCAUCCAGAACCAUGUGGCCUUCCUCAGCUCUGUCCUGCCCUCUCUACACACCACACAAGCCACCAACUCGAUGGGCCUGCCCAGGAGUGCCCAUGGGCCACCUCAAGGCAUGCAGAAGAAGUUGCCUACAGGCACUCGUCCCAUGUCAGAUGUUGACAUUCGCAGCAGCCAACAAACCCUCCUCCAGGAUAUGGAGAAAAAGCUUAGGUUCAAUGAAGAUUUUAUGCGUGGUCAUGUACAACAGAAGCAGACUACUUAUGAGGGGAAAACAGCGAGCAGACCCCUCGGACCAAACAUUCCUGCCACUGUCUUUAACUAUGACGAGGAGUACAAAGUGUCCAACUUUGAGCAGAGGCUGUUGAGUGAGAUAGAGUUCCGUCUGGAGCGCACGCCAGUCGAGGAGUCGGAUGACGAGGUACAACACGAUGAGUGCCCGACAGGGAAGUGCGUCGCGCCCAUAUUCGACAGGAAGCUGAGGAACUUCAGGGCCAUGGAGGGUGUCCCUAUGACGUUCUCCUGUAAAGUGGUGGGGAUCCCCGUACCGAAGGUUUACUGGUUCAAGGAUGGCAAGCAGAUCUUGAGGAAAAAUGAUCAUUAUAAGAAGAUAAGAGAGGGGGAUGGAACCUGUGUCCUACACAUAGAGGUCACCAAUAACGAUGAUGAUGGCAACUACACUGUCAUGGCAGCUAACCCCCAGGGACGAAUCAGCUGCUCUGGUCAUUUGAUCAUCCAAACUGGUCCUCUCCGAAACCGAAUGACACCUAUGAUUCACUCUCAGAGGGUGCGGGCCCGCAUACAGGAAGUAGAAGAGGGUGAACCAACCCAGGAGCGCUUCUUCCGACCUCACUUCCUCCAGGCUCCAGGGGACAUGGUGGCUCACGAGGGCAGAGUCUGUAGAUUAGACUGCAAGGUGAGUGGCCUACCAAACCCAGAGCUGAUGUGGCUGAUCAACGGGAGGCCCAUCUACCCAGACGUCUACCACCGGAUGCUGGUGAGGGAGAACGGUGUCCAUUCCCUUGUCAUAGACCCUCUAAAACAGGACGACGCUGGGACAUACACCUGCAUCGCCAGCAACAAAGCAGGACAGAGCUCCUUCGGUCUGGAGUUAAGAGUUGUGGAAAAAGAGAUGAAGCAGGCCCCCCAGUUUGUGGAGAAGCUCCAGAACACAGGCAUCGCAGAGGGCACCCCUGUCCGACUGGAGUGCAGGGUUCUGGGCAUGCCUCCACCUGUUAUCUAUUGGAAGAAAGACAAUGACACCAUUCCUCACACCAAGGCCAGAGUCAGCAUACACCAGGAUGCCACUGGAUAUGUUUGCCUCCUGAUUCAGCCUACCAGGAAAGAGGAUGCUGGCUGGUACACCGUAUCAGCAAAGAAUGAGGCUGGAAUUGUUUCAUGCACAGCCAGGCUAGACAUCUAUGCCCAGUGGCAUAAGCAGGUCCCUCUGCCUAUGAAAAAAGCUCCGCGGCAGGGCAGUCGCUAUGCCGCGCUGACCGGCCAAGGCUUGGACAUCAAAUCUGCCUUCCCCACGACGGACAAUAGCCCCAUCCUGUUCUCCAGCUCCCCUGUGGAGGCACAGCUGGAGAGUGAGGAGCUGUGAGGAGCAGACACACUUCACCAGAGGGUUGUAAAAGUCUAAAAUUUCCCAUAAUGCACAGUUUUUUCCGAAAUUCCAAAAGUUUAGGAAAGUUUGAGAAUUUUGUCAACCUACUCCACCACCACUUUAAUCACUACUGGCCCUUUGAGUCUACAAAUGUCUCUUAUCUGGAGUCUCGUAGGGCUGGUUUCCCAGACACAGAUUCAGCCAAAUCCUGGACUGAAAAGCAUGCCCAAUAGAGAAUCUCCAUUGAAAAUGCUUUUAGUUCAAGACUAGGCAUAAUCUGUGUCUGGGAAACUGGGUCCCAGAGUUGAGUCUGCUCUAACACCUCAUGACUAAUCUACUAGUUCAUCUAAUCUGUGGUGGCCAGUGGGAUGGAAGAGCAGGACUAUAAUCUUAGCAGUUUGUGUCAUCUGGUUUGUGUGAUACAUUUGAUGUGAUACAUUGAAAUUACAAUGACAAAAACGGUUAGAUUUACAACUGGCAACCUAAUGCUCUGUUUGUUCCUAUUGAAUUGUAUAAUUUGAAGCGUCUUAUUCAGACAAACUUGCCAAGUUUUAGUUCACUAUCAUCUUUUGAUAGGUCUGAUUUGUUUAUGGUUCAUUUUGUUCUACUUUUUGAUUAGUUAGUUUGAUAUUGAGAAGGUUGUUGAAUGUUGAUGAUCAUGACAUACUUUCAUCAUCAUACACUUCAACCUGUUCUUUAUCUUUAGCAAAUUGACUAUUUCGUUUGGACGUGGCUGUUGUAUGGUUUGUUUUUAUUUCAAACGUAUAUAUUUGUGUCAAAUAAAGAUAGUUUAUUUUAAUGUUCAUAUAAUAUAUAUGUGCAUUAAAUGUAAAUCAAAGAAAUACGCUAAAGGAAAGCCAAACUGACAAAUUCAAUUGUACACAUGCAUACAUUGAGUGGUGGGGGGGGGGGG